UUGGAUUGAAGUUAGUUUCUUAGCUGAAGAACCGACAAAGCGACGAAGCUGAAACUUCGCAGCUGGAAACGUUUGUAUUUCUGGAAACCGGAAGUGACCUGACGCUCAUCAUGGCUGAGGAGGUGUACGGCUCCACCACGGCCCCCAACCCCAAGUCCUCCUGGAUCAGGGGCCCCUCAGAGCCCCUGGAGAAGGUCCGCUGUGGGGUCAAGGGCUGCCAAGUGCUGCUGUCCUUCGUGGCCUUCGUCCUGGAGGAGGCGGUCCACAGCUGCGUCCGCUGCUCGGCGCUCUACUUCUUUGAGUUUGUGAGCUGCUCCUCCUUCCUGUUCACGCUGCUCCUCCUCGUGCUCCUCUACUCCUUCCUGAGAGACCGGGUGGGCGUCACCUGCUGGCCCAAAGUGGACUUUGGGUACAGCUCCGUCGUCUUCCUGUUCUUCCUCACGUCCUCCAUCGUCUUCGUCUCCAGCAGCAACACGGCUCUGGAGAGGAGCGCUGCGGCGUUUGGCUUCCUUGCAUCCUUGGCGUUCUUGGUGGACGUCGUCUUGUUCUGGAAGUCGAGCGGGUUUCCGUUCCUGAAGGACGGGAAGCCGACGCCCAGUAAUGGCGGCGUGGCGGCAGACGGCGCGCCGGAGACGGCGAAACUCAACGAGCCGGAAUAAACCCAAACGUCAGAUUGUUUCACUGGUCCUUUAACACGUCGGCAGGAGGCGGAGCUUAAGCGACCCCGGCGGCCAUCUUUAGAGUUCUUUUUUUAAUUCCAGUUUCUUUUUUUUCUGCUCUGGGCCCGAGAUCAUCGACAUAAUCAAUCCACCAAUCACAGAGCAGCUGUUCUUAAAGGAACAGGAUGCGGUUCUUCAAGGACACUAGAACCACGAAGGAUUCUGCUGUAAAGUUUAACACAAAGAAUCGGAUCGAUUGUUUUAUUGAGUCAUGAAACACGUAAGUCUUAAAAUGAUUUUAUUUACUCAGUAAAGCAGUUAAGUAUAAAACACCAAAAGUCUUAACCAAUAAAUCACUGACGGUCGUAUUUACGGUGUUUCCAUUUGGGCCCUGAACGACUCGUGGAAGUUUGGAUAUGAAGUUUUAAAUGAAGUAACUCCACAAAGUGACUUUAUAAUGACUUAAACAUUUAGAUGCAAUGAGUCUGGUUUGUUUAUUAAAUCUGAGAUGUUUUUUAUAUUGUAUAUUGUCGUCUAUUGGAUCUUUUUAUUCACGGUUUUUAUUGAAUGUUGUGAAUAAAGAUGUUUGAUUACA